AUGUCUAAGACACAUAUAAACAAAACAUUUAAAGAACUUGAAUCUACUUAUGAUCCUAAGGCUGUAGAGGAUUCCUGGUAUUCGUGGUGGGAAGCUUCAGGAUUUUUCAUGCCGUUUGAUAGAAAUCUGCAUUCUGAUAAGAAUAAAUGGAUCGCAUUGUUACCUCCACCCAAUGUAACAGGGUCGUUGCAUAUCGGUCAUGCAUUAACUAUCUCAAUACAAGAUAGCCUUGCAAGAUGGCACAGAAUGAAGGGUGAUACUACUCUUUGGAUUCCUGGUACAGAUCAUGCCGGUAUAGCAACUCAAACAGUUGUAGAACGUACUCUUUAUAAAACAGAAAACAAAAAACGUCAUGAUUAUACUCGUAAAGAAUUUAUAGGAAAGGUUUUUGAGUGGAAUGACAAAUAUGGUAACAAUAUAAAGAAUCAAUUAAGACGGAUGGGAGCUUCACUAGACUGGACCCGCGAAGCCUUUACCAUGGAUGAUAAACGAUCAAAGGCUGUAGUAGAGGCAUUUGUACGUUUGUAUGAUUCUGGAUUGGUAUACAGAAAUACGCGUUUGGUUUCUUGGUGUUCUUUCCUUUCAACGGCACUUUCUGAUAUUGAAGUAGAACCAUUCGAAGUAACUUCUCCUACACAUAUAAAACUACCAGGUAUAGAAACAUCUGUUGAAGUUGGAGUAUUGUGGAUUUUCAAAUAUCCAGUUCAUGAUGUCCCCGAUAAGUAUAUAUCUGUGGCUACCACACGUAUUGAAACUAUGUUGGGAGAUGUGGCUGUUGCUGUCAAUCCUGAUGAUGAACGAUAUAAGGAAUUUGUUGGUUGUAGACUUACACACCCGUUUUUCCCAGAGAGAAACAUGAUAGUUGUUGCCGAUAACCACAUUGAUAAAGAAUUCGGUACAGGUGCUGUGAAAAUAACCCCCUCUCAUGAUAAAAACGAUUUUGAGAUUGCAAAAAGACAUUCUCUCCCAUUCAUAAACAUUUUUACCAAUGAUGGUAAAAUAAACGAAAACGGAGGAAUUUUUGCAAAUAUGCAUAGAUUCGAAUGCCGUAAGGUUAUAGAAAAGGAAUUAAAACAACUUGGUCUUUUUGAGGAUAAAAUACCAAACACCAAACCAAUGAUGAUACCUAGAUGCUCUAGGACUGGUGAUAUUGUUGAAUAUAUGCUUAUCCCCCAAUGGUAUAUUGAUUGUAAAAAACUAGCUAAAGGAGCUAUCGAUGCAGUUAAGGAUGGAUCUUUGCGAUUGUUUCCAUCAACUUACAUUUCAGUAUGGAACCAGUGGCUAGAGAACAUACAGGAUUGGUGUGUUUCGCGGCAAUUGUGGUGGGGACAUCGCAUCCCGGCUUAUAAAAUCAUUUCCUCCAAUCUAAAUGAUGAAUGGAUAAUUGCAAGAGAUCCUGACGAAGCUCAUGAUAGGGUUAAAAAAAAAUUUCCACAUUUAACCACGUACCAACUGGAACAGGAUGAAGAUGUUCUAGAUACUUGGUUUUCAAGUGGCCUCUUUCCACUAAGUACAUUGGGAUGGCCAAAUGAGUCUGCUGAGGAUUUUAUAAAAUUUUUCCCAACUACACUCCUAGAAACAGGUAAUGACAUACUCUUCUUUUGGGUUGCCAGAAUGGUUAUGUUGUCUAUCCAAUUGGUCGGGAAACUACCAUUUUCUGAAGUUUAUAUGCAUCCUUUAGUCAGAGAUUCACGUGGAGAAAAAAUGAGCAAAAGUAAAGGAAACGUUGUCGAUCCAAUUGAUAUAAUCGAUGGUACUACGCUAGAAAAACUAAAUCAAAACAUAUUAAAUUCAUCUUUACCACAAGGUGAGAUUAAAAAGGCAUUAUUAUUACAAAAACAACAAUUUCCGGAUGGAAUUCCACCAUGUGGUGUUGAUGCAUUGAGACUUGGAUUACUAGCACUAACCAGACAUAACCGUUCCAUAUUGUUAGACGUAAAUAAGUUAGUUUGUUCCAGACAUUUUGGGAAUAAAAUAUGGAAUGCAACAAAAUUUGCAAUCAAUAGGACUAAAACAUUUAAGGUAGUUAUGCCUAAAAGAAAUGAAUUGAUGUGGGAAGAUAUCUGGAUUUUGCAUAAAUUAAACCAAUACAUAAAGAGGGUAAACAAUGCAUUUGAAACUUACCAGUUUGUUGAGGCUGUUCAGGCAUCUUAUGAUUUUUGGCUCUAUCAACUUUGUGAUAUUUAUCUCGAAUUGAUCAAAUCAAGAUUACCUCCAUCAUUAGACUUUCCUAUGGAAGAUCUUACCCCGCAUAUGAAAGCUUCAAUAUAUACAAUAUUCGAGUGUCUUAGUACAUCUCUUCGUUUACUUCACCCUAUUAUGCCAUAUAUAACUGAGGAAUUAUACCAUCAUCUCCCAGAACAUUUGAUAACUUCUGAAUCUAUAUCUCUUUCAAAAUUCCCAGAGGAGAUACCCGAUUGGAAUGAUGACUCACUUGAUAACGAUAUGACCACAAUUAUGUCCAUAGUACAUGGGUUUAGAUCACUUUCAAAUACAUUGGGAUUGCCCCCUAACGCCAAAAGGACAGGAUUUGUGACAAUUAGUGAUGAUAUGUUCAAAGUUAUAUCUGACAAAACCCAUCUUAUAAAAAUUCUAUCAAAAUUCGAAUCAAUUUCUUUAGUAGAUAAAGCAUCGGAAAAAUUAUUGACAUGCGUCCAAAACAUUAUUUCGACGACAAUAUCUGCGCAUAUUCAUGUUGAUGAUAGUGUUGAUUUGUUAAAGACAUCAUCCGUCCUUGGUGAUAGACUUUCCAAAACAAAUAAAUCGCUUGACUCAUAUAUAAAGAAGACAACCAUACCAAACUAUACGGAGAAGGUUCCAGAAACCGUAAGAGAACUGAACGAAACGAAAAUAAGAGAAUUGAGCACCGAGAAAAUGGAGUUAGAGAGGGCCAUAAGUGAUAUAGAACGUUUAAAAAUAAACACAAAUUAA